AUGGAUGAAGUGCCAUCAGCACGGAUCCUCGGCGGACCAGAUCUUCACGUGGACAUGGGGUCCACCAUCAACCUGACCUGUCUCAUCCAGUUCAGCCCUGAGCCACCCGCCUACAUCUUCUGGUACCACGAGGACGAGGUGAUAUCCUACGACUCGUCCCGCGGCGGCGUCUCCGUGGUGACGGAGAAGGGAGCGGCUACCACCAGCUACCUCCUGGUGCAGGAUGCGGCCCCGGCUGACUCUGGGAGGUAUUCCUGCUCGCCUUCCAAUGCUGAGGUCGCUUCAGUACGGGUUCAUGUGCUCAAUGGCGAACGGCCAGCAGCAAUGCAGACAGGCUCCGCUGGGCUCUCUAACAGCUCGCACUGCAUUGCGGCGCUGCUGACGCUGGCGGCCCUCCACGCGCGCUGGCUACGCUCGCGGCUCGACAGCUGA